AUAAGAAAAACAAGAUGGAUACUGUUUUCUAAGCAAAAAAGAAAGAUAUUUAUUGUGAUAUUAAGGAAAAACUAAUUAUGGCGACGGGUCAAGUAUCGAGUGUUAUCACGGAGGCUAUUCCAGCUGAACCUACCUUAAAACUCCAUAUGCCACAGCCUCCAAACAGUAAGAUGUGUGGCCCAUCGAACAAAAUUCGAAAUAGGCUACGACUUGAUCCGUCAAGAGCAUUAGAACCUACAAGAAAAAAAAUUUCUACUAUUGAAGCUCAACGGGUAAUGUCAGUUUUUGAGGAUACAAUAAGCAAAGCCGAGAUUGUCACAAUCCUUCCGUACAUUUUGGAGAACCGAGAAAGAUUCCGUGUAAGUUUGGGGGCCGAGCUAUCUCUUUUACUGGACAUUCAUAAAAAUACAGUAGAUAGUUAUGAGGAGAUAAAGCAGCAGCUUGAUAUUCAGUUGCGUCAAAGACGUAUUCGAACUGCAAGCACAGAAAAGAGUGAAGGGCUUGAAGAAGAGAGAACAGGGGAGUUUGGGGCUGCUGGGGUAACACCUACAGAAAGCCCAAUGCCUGAAGCUGAAGUUAGGGAUAUAUCAAGAAGAAGCAGUGUCGCUAGUGGUCGGUCUGCCAGAUCAGUCCAGUCAGUGGAGAGCUAUGACAGCCAAACAGAGAGAACAAUGAGAAGUCUCAGUCUUGUUGCACAGCAACUUAGCAGCUCCUGCAAAAACAUCCUCCGGGCAUUCCUGUCCAAUCCAAAUGCUCUGAACAUGAUCAAAGCACAAGCAAGACGUUCUGAGCAGUGCGACGUGUUUAUCAAGGAUAUGAAUGACCUCCGAGAUGUCCUGCUGAACAAGCUACUGACAACUCCAGAGGAAGAGAAAGAAAGAAUGCAGUAUAUCCAGGAGGUAUCCAAAAGGGAGAGACAGAAUGCUGUAGUCAUCGAGGACUUGGAGCAAAAACUGAAGGCUGCCAUGGAUGAAAAAGAUGAAGAAAUAAAGAAAAAGAACUCUGUUAUCAGGAAAUUGCAGGCAGACUUGCGACAAAUUGAGAAGUUUUCAGAUGAGAAUAACAAGAGGGUGACCAAUGAAGCAGAAAAACAGGAACAAGCAGACCUAAAGAACAGUGAAGGCAAAAAACAGCGGCUCAUGACGGAGCUCAAUCAACUGAAAACACAGCUUCAGAACGCUGUAAUGGAGCACAGAGAAAAUGAGCAGGAACUCAGAAGAAAAAAGUUCCGAGUGGAGUCCCAGGUGGAGAACUGGAUCCAGAAAUAUGACACAGAUAUGAAUGAGAGACAGAAUGAGUAUGAGGAGAUUGACCUGGUAUACACGGAGGAAAAGAAACAAUUACACGAGCUCGAGGAGCGCUUCAAAACUCUGGAGGCCGAGUACCAACAGAUCAUGGAAGAGCGACGUGUAGCCCGGGAGAAACGCGAGGCAGCUGAACGAGAAAUGGCUCUGAUGGUCAAAGCUGCCACCACAAUUCAGGCCUUCUGGCGUUCCUUCAAAGUCCGCAAGGCCCUCAAAGCCCGCAAGAAGAAGGGAGGCGGCAAAAAGAAAAAGUAAAGCUGUCUGUGUGCGGUCUCUGUGUGUCUGGCUAGUUAGCUAGCUGUUAUGAUCACUGUGUAACACCACUGCUAUAAGUACGCCUGUACUUGUGAUUUAACACAACCAUCAUUACUAUUAACAUUACUUUAUACUUUCAGAUAAUCAUUUGUCCAGUGAAAUAUUUGUCAGCUUGCUGUUUUAUUGUGUGUGUGUCCUAACAGAUAAUUCAGAUUUAUAAAACAUUGGGAUUUAUUUCUGUUUUGGUUUUUAUGUUAAUUAUCUUGUUUUUUAACAAACAGCUAUUGGUACAUGUCAGUAUCUGUGUUGCAUCCUAUAAAUUAUGAUGUACAUCUUUGUUUUUAGCUGCUAGCUAAUUACUGUGUUUGUUUUUUAGUUACACAAGUUGAAAAAGUACAACACAUUGUAAGAAGAAUGAGUUGUCUCCCUUAACAAACACUUUUUCUACUGCUUGCUAAAUAAUUCUCAGAUGACAUGAUUAAUAAAAUAUGUCAGUAUUUGAUGCUUUAAAUUUCAAAAUUCUGACAAAUAAGAUACAGUGUCUGUUCAAAGAUAUAGUGACCAAUGUAUGUUGAUUUGUUCUUGUAGCUCAGCAUGAGGACCUGCACACAGUGUAUGCAGUAAUGCCUUACAACAAAAUGAUUCUUAAACUUGUAUCUAUAAUUCCGAGUACUGCUGGACAUUUAAAUGAGUGGUGGUGUGAUAUAUCUUUAUGUAAUAUAUAUUAUUAGUGCACACUUCUUAAAUCCGUCCAUUCCUAAUUUCUUAUGAAUAAGAUGAAAUUUGUUACUUCAGAAUUGAUUCCAAAUAAAUUCGAAACCAGAA